GGCUUCUUCAUGCUCCAACAUUUUGACAACGAGAGGAGGGUCCCUUCCCCAAGCAGACUGGGGCUAAACGGAGGGUAAGGCUAAGAGGGGGAGGCAGGCGCUGGCCGACCGGGGUGUGCAGUGUGCAUGUGAGCCAGGGCCCUGCUCCGGCCCGAACCGCAUGGGCGCCCGGACAGCUCCUUGCCUGGUGACAGUGGCUCGGGUGCCAGCCUACUGAAGGGGCUGGGCUGGGAAACAAGGGCGUUAUUGAUCAGAACAUAUUUCCCAGGCUCCUGCUGUGUGCCAAGCAUACGGCUGAGAGCCCCGGGGAGGGCAGGCUCUGCCCCCAAGGCCUUGGGGUAGUUGGCCAGGAAGGACAGGUAGAGCCCCACUGGGAUGUCAGAGAGGCUGGGGGAGUCCUACUGAAAAUGGGGGCGUGGGGCAGACUCCACAAAGGAGGGAAGUCAAGGCAGAGGAUGAGAGGACGCUGGGGGAGCCUCUGAAUCGGGCAGCUGGGUCUGCGUGCAGAGCGCCUGCAGGGAAGGAGCUGGAGCAAGCUGGAGAGGCCCUUGAAUUGUGGGAUGUGGGACCUGGGCUCUCUGCAGCCUCAGGACCACUUGGAGGCCUUGGAGCACAGGAAAGGUCAGGGUGAAAACUGGGUUUCAGGGCCACUCGGUGGGCAGGUGCACAGAACCCAGCGCAGCGACCUGGUCAGGAAGGGCCUGUGGGACGCUCUGCCAAGAGUCCCAGGGAGACAAAGGGGCUCUGCCACGGUGCGCAUAGGAACGCACAGUUGGACGAGUGGCCUUCACUGCACCACAGCUGGCCUGAGCCGCUGACUCUCCCGAGCUGACGGCGGUGGCUGGCUCAUCACACAUCUUCCAGAGAUGCUGGGGGAUGCGAGGCGGAGCAUUCUUUUUAUGUGAAAGCCAACUUCACCACAUUAUGUUGAAAACACACAGCAGGAGGUGGCGGCUUCCUCUCUGAGUUACAGGUCUCCUUGUUUGCACUCCCAUCACUGAGGGGAUUGGGACCGAGGGAUUCUGCUCCGGUCCCCUCACCUGGCAGCCGGAGGAUGUGAGUUCAGAGAGCUGGGGAUAUACGAGGCUCACACUGGAGACUUUGUACUGAGGGUGGGCAAGGUACCCGGGUCUCCUGGCUGCUUGUCCCUCAUCCCCCCGGCUGUAUUACCUGGUCCUCUCUUCCUCGCCCAGCUCUCAGAGGGGACAAACUCUAACACAGUCAAAGGAGCUCGAGGUGUGACCUCGAGCAGAGGGUAAGAGGACCACCAAGAGGAAGGAAAGGAUGGAGACAUGCUGCUGCCCCUGUGUGCCAGGCGCUCUAUAUACAUAAACUCGUUUCAUCACUAUAACCACUAUGCAGGGGGACACGGCUGCAUUUUACAGAGGGCUCCCCAACACACAGAUGACAUCAUCCACGUCCUGGGUGACACAGGUAGUAAGUCAUGGCGGGAGUGGGCAAGGGCUUUGCCUAAUCUUUGGCCUUCCUUCUAAUCCAUCAAAAUGGAUUAACCAGCCUCUGCAUAGCUGAGCGGAGUGAAUUUGGGGUGGGCAGGAAGUACCUCUACAAGGAAGGGGAGAGAGGAAAUGCACACCCCACAGGCUGCUCUCUGACUCUCCUCUUCGACCCAUUUCAGCUGCCUGGGCCCCCGCGCCAUGAAUAGCUCCCUGAGAGAUGCCCAGGCCCUAAGCCACCGCGAGUGCCUCCUGCCUUUUGUGGCCCGGACCGCCUCUGUCACCCACGUCACACCAGCCAAGAAGAUUACCUUCCUCAAACGAGGGGACCCCCAGUUUGCUGGAGUUCGUCUGGCUGUUCACCAACGUGCCUUCAGGAGCUUCGGCGCUCUGAUGGACGAGCUCUCCCAGCGCAUGCCUCUCUCCUUUGGGGUGCGCUCUGUCACCACGCCCCGGGGCCUGCAUGGCCUCAGUGCCCUGGAGCAGCUGGAAGAUGGUGGCUUCUACCUCUGCUCUGAUAAGAAGUCCCCCAAGACCCCCAGUGGGCCAGGCCAGUCCCAGGGACGAAGCCCCUCUGCUCUGCAGGUGAGGGAUGUGCCCAACCGGGGUGAGGUGCCAGGGACAUCCUCUUCCUGCAAGGGUCCUAAAGCCCCAAGGAGGACGACGCUGGUUAAGAACGGGGACCCUCGGUUCCAGCAGACAGUGGUUCUCAGUCAUAGAAAUACAAGGAACCUGACGGCCUUUCUCAGCAAAGCCUCGGAUCUUCUGCACUUCCCCGUGAAGCAGGUGUACACGGCCAGCGGGGAAAAGGUGGACUCUCUGAAGCAUCUUCUGUGCAGCCCCUCAGUGCUAGUGUGUGCUGGUCACGAGCCCUUCAGACCUCUGACAGUAGAAGAUGCCAGAAGACAUAGCACAGAACUUUUAUCUGGGAAGACUUCAAGGAGCAAAAACGGGAGCUGGGGGCCAAAGGCCAAGCAGAGCGUGAUCCACUUGAGGUCCAGGGCGGGCAGCAGGCCGCGGAAGCUCUCCCUGCUGUCGGAGAGGUCUGGUUUCAGCGAUGCUCCGGUGUCCCUGGAUGGUCCCUGGGUGGGCCCUGCUCCUGACAGACACCCUCAGGACGUGCCUGCCCAGCUCAGCCCGUUGGUGGCAGAUGAUGACCUUGAGAAGAAGGUCCAUGUGAACGAGGACGGCAGCCUGUCUGUGGAAAUGAAAGUCCGCUUCCACCUCCUCGGCGAGGACACGCGCCUGUGGUCCAGGAGGGCCAGGGCGGCCCGUGUGCUCACGGCGGCCGGUCAGGAUGGCCCUCUCCAGGGGGAGGUGGGCCCUGUCCACUCUGCAUUAAGGGGCCACCCUGGGGGCUCCUCAGGGCCUGGGGCAGGGGAACUGGGGCCCUGCAAGGAGGGAUGCAAGCAAGCCCUUCCCCGUGGCCAGUGGCAGCCAGGCUGCAGGUACGAGAUCUGGACAAACCCCCUCUACACGGCCCAGGGGAAGGGGAAGGCCCCUUGGAGGAGGUCUGGGCCAAGCCAGCACUCCCUCUGCAGGAGGCCCUGGGGCCAUGGUGCUGCGGGCAAGUGGAGAGGCAGUGAGGAGAGCGCCAGGCCUGCCCCCCAGGACAGACACCCCCGAGACUCCGAGCCAAGCUCCUCCAGCUGCUCCGGGUCCCCACAGGGCGGCUACGGCCCUCAUCUGGCCUCCAGGGCGGCCUCCCAGAGCGCGGCAGGGCAGGAGGCAGGGGGCAGGCCCUGGGCUGCUGAGGGCCCGGAGGGCACAGCACAGGGCAGCAGGGAGCCCCACAGGCCCCGAGGGGCAGCCGCUGCUUCCUCUCCCUCCCCAGCGAGCGCCUGGUCUCACCAGGAGUCCAGCAGCAGCCAUCACUGGCGCCAGGGACCCCUGAGCAAGAGAAGGACCACGACUUCCCGGAAGAAGGCCACCCAGGGGGCGGGCCCCGGGGCCCCCACCACAAGCCCUCCAUCUCUGAGGAGCGGGGACCCACAGGCUGGGGACAGAGGACAGGGCCCUAGGCACCCCCGGGCUGGGGGUGGGUCUGGGAAUAGGCUGCCCCUGGGCCAGGGCUGUUCUGGCUCUGGGGACACCGCAGGAGGUUCCCCACCCUCAGACCUGGGUGGGGGAGGCAAUCAGGAGGGCAGGACGAGGGGCCAGUCCUCUGGCCUCAGCAGCGGGGCUCAAUGCGGCUGCCCCAGGCAGCCACCCACCACCCACCUUGACUUGCCUGUGUCCCCGCCAGGGCUGGGGCCUCCCGGGGGAGACAGGGCCUGCCCAGAUGGCCCUUCUGAAGGCUCAGCUACUGCUGGGAACCCAGCCUCCAGGGACCCAGGGCCGCCCUCCUCUGCUCCUCUGCAUUCCCAGGACACCAGAGGGCUCAGCAGGGCCUCCGCUACCUUUGUGAGCAGUUCUGACCGUGCCUCCAGCUGCUACCCUCCAUCCCCUGGCUCUGCCGAGACAGAAGGGGACCCUGAGUGCGGGACGUGCUCACCGGCUCCCACUGCUUCCAGCACGUCAGACCCUCUCAGCCCCCGAGAGGACAGCCUGCGUGAGAGGGCAGGAGGCCGUAUCCCCGCGCCUUCCUGGCCAUGGGUUCCCCGAGUGGGGCAGCCGGAGGGAGGGCAGCCGGGAGCCCACCGAGAGAUCUGCUGCUCCCAGCUCAGCACCGACCCCCUCCAAGGAACCCCAGGGGCUAAAACGUGGGUUCUCCAGGCGUCUGGGCCACAGGGCUGCCAGGGGCCCUUCUCAGAGACCUGCAUGGUGUGCAGCAGGCACUGUCCUACUCCCCCGGGGACGUGGCCCUUGGCCAAGAGGCACCCUUCCUGCGGCAGCAGCCACAGUGCUGAGUGGGGGCUGGGCAGGAGCGAGCCAGGCAAGGAAAAGCUCCACGCAUGGCGCCCUCGGCCUCCGGGCCCUCAGCCAGUGGCUGCAGCAGCAGCAGGCAGAGUCCCGAGAAGCGGCAGCCCCAGCUGUGGCCCCAGGCCAGGGAGAAUGCCCCAGGGGAUGGCUGCCAGCAGAGGGAAGAGGCUGGGGGAGCAGGGGGCGGAGGGCAGCCUGCUGCUGGGUGCGCUGCCCCGGGCCUCACCAGAGGCUGUGGUCCGUGAGUGGCUGAGCCACGUCCCAGAGGAGCCCACGCCCGUGGAACGUGAGAUGGUGCCAGAGGGCACAGAUGGGGCUGGGGACAACCUGCAAGGGCCCCAGGGGAAACCUGCUGACAUACAUUCCCAGGAAGGCCCUGGGGAGCCAACUCGGGCCAGACAGCUGCCCCUCGGAGGGGCCACCAGUGGGACAGCAGCCCCGGAAGGGGCCCUCACAGAGCCUGGCAGUGCUGGUCCCAAGCCAGGGGCGGGCCUUCCUGGCGGCGGAGUUUCCGAAGCCCCCCCGGAGGCUGCAGCAGGCAGAGGAACAGCCAUGGGUGGCACUGUGGGCCGGUGUGAGCUUCCCCACAGGGUUUUGGCCUCCACACAGAUCAUGAAGGCACUGGUGGGCUGCAGGCAGGGCCGGCCCAGCAGCCUGCCCGAGGUGUCCGGUGCAGUGGGCAGGAGGCUCAGCCACUCGGCCGGGGUCCUCAUCGCCUGUCUCGCUGGGCUCCACUUCUUUGAUAACGACCUUGGGUCUCCCACCAGUGAGGUCAGGUUCGCAGACUCUCCUCGGUACCAGAAGCUCCUGAGCACCCUCCAGGCCCUGUGGCCAGGGUGUGGCUUCGGGCAUGGUGAGCCGGACUCAGGCCUCUGGGAGCUCGGCUGGUACCAGGCUGUGCCAGGCCUCGGGUCACUCGCUGUUACUGAGGACCUCACACCAACGUCCUCCUCUGGCGUGGAUGUGGGCAGUGGCUCUGGAGGCUCAGGGGAGGGCACUGGACCCUGCGUCGUAGACUGUGCCCUGGUCCCUGAGCAGAUGGAGUUGCCCUUGAAAAUUCCAUACCAGAGGCCCGACUCCAGAACCUCCAAGAACCCAGAGGACCUGGGAAACCGAGAGCUGAGGGGUUCCACGGGCUCCUCAAACGCCCACGCAGGGGGCUGUGCCGCCAGGAAGGACAUGGCUGGAGGGAGUGGUGGGCAGCAGGCGCAGAGCAGAAACCUGCACCAAGAGGUUGAAAACGUGAUUCAAGAAAUGUGGGUGCAACUGGAGGAAAUGAAAAAAGAAAGAGGGGGAGCAGAAGUGCAUGGAGCGGGUGUCGGAGGACUUCCAGAAGAGGGAAGAGUCCCGGGAAAAGAACUGUCAGGCUCUCAGGACAGGGAGGGCGUGCAGGAAGGUACAAGCUCGCAGGAGGAGAGGGCAGGAAGGGACCCUGCCUCGGCUGUGCUGACCCGCCCAGGGGGGACAGAGAACCUGGCAGAGCCCUCCGGGAGUGUUGGCGAGAGGGACCUAGAUACCAGUGGGAGUCAAAGUGGCCCCAAAGUUGAGCCCGAUUUGGAAAAGAUGCCCGGAGCAGCUGAGACGGGCCAGGAGCAAAGCCAGGCAGUAUUCGCCCAGGAGCCUGGGGAGCAGAGCUGCCCUGCGGCCCACGGAGAGUCUCCGGAUCCUCCCUGGGUGUCCACGUUGCUGAGGAAGAUGGAGGAGGCCUUCCUGGCCCACCUUGCUGGUGCCACGGCCGAGCUCCGAGCGCGCUGGAGCCUGCGGAGCAACGACCUACUGGACCAGAUGGUGGCCGAGCUGCGGCAGGACAUGAGCCGGCGGCUGCAGGGUAGCUCCGAGAAUGAGCUCGGGAAGGUCCGGAGCCGGGCCCCAGGGAGCGCGCCGGGGCCGCCCGGGGAAGCCCUCCGGUGGGGGACAUCCCUGCCCGCAGAGCAGCGCCGGCAUCGCCUGCAGGACCUGCACAACCUCUCGGCCCUCCCCAACCAGGCCCAAGGCCGGGGGCCCCUCCCCUUCUCCCUGGAGGACGUGCCAAACCUCAGCGGAGCCCAGGGGAGGCAGCAAGGCGCGGAGGCCGAGGGGGAGGACUUCUGUCCCUGCGAGGCCUGCGUGAGGAAGACGGUGAUCCCCACGGCACUGCAGGGCGCAGUGGGGGCCAGUGCGCCCAUCAAAAAGGCCUUUGACCUGCGGCAAAUUCUGCAGAAGAAGAAAGGAGGUUGGGCCAGUGGGGACCCAGUGGAGGUGGCCCCUGAGAAGAGAGGGGUGGGGGUGCUUCCAGGGGAUCCCUUGCGUCCGGGAACUGUGCAGGGAGCCCACGGAGGCCUGGAGCUGGGGCUGGGUGGGGACCCCGGGACGGGGGGCGGCGUUGAGGGUGAGGGCAUCCAGAGUCUGGUCCGCGAGGAAGGUGAGGAUGCAGAUGCUCCAGAGAGCCCAGAGAAAGCAGACCCCCACAUGGGCAGAGACGUGGGGCCGGUGGAUGGCGAGGGCAAGAAGGAGGAGGGCAGGGCCUCGGGAGGAGGUGACCCAAGUCCAGGAGGACAGAAUGAUGGUCCUGAAGCCAUCGAGGUCCAGGAAGCUGGAGGCGGGGGACAGCCAGGCCCAGGGAGAGGAAGUCAAGGUGAGGAAGGAGAUGGUGCACAGGUGGGCCAGGGACAGAGCCAGUGGGGUGAGGCUUCAGGAAGCAGCAGCCCAGACCAAGAGGAGAGGCCCUGGUGGCCCCCAACCCUCUGUGGACACCCCCCCUGUGAAAGGGCAGGCCUGAGAACAGGCCUUUCCUCCUCCAGCCCAUCCUCUCUGGGCAGCGUCUCUCACCUGUCUCAGAAAGGCUCCCGAGACUGGAGGAGCACCGAAGGGGAGUCGGAGGGAGCCCCUGGUGCAGAGAGGAAAGUCACCAGCAUGUACCCAGAAAGCCCUACUUCUGAGCAAGAAGGGACCCCCUGGGGCCCAAGGACUCCAGAGCAGGGGGCAGCCCAGGGCUCUGCUGCAGAAGCUGAGAAGGUAGUGAGAAGCCUCACUUUCACAGAAAUGGGGUUUAAAAACCCCACCACAGACAGGGCAGGUGCCUUUGGCCAAGAUGACUUGGAUUUCUAGAGACCCAGCUGUGAGACACUCAUGAGCCUGUUUGCAUUAAUAUUUUGUCUGCAAAUUUGAGCAUGUCUCAGCCCACCGGAGAUGUAUAAAGAGCACAGAGAAAGGUCAAGGACUGGCCGAGGACACAGCCACACCACGCUGUCCCUGGGUUCUAAAUUCUGGAGCUUCAAGGGCCCUUGGCCCGUCCCACCCACUGUGUGAAGGAGGUUAUCUCAGACCUGCCCUGUUAUCAGAGGUCAGCCAGGCGCUCCACUGCCUGCUGGGCUCAAGAGGAUGGAAGUUAGUGGAAAUGUCCCCUGAGAGUUUGCGUUUGUGUGUGUUUUUCCUAGCAAGUAUUUCUCUUGUCCUUUUGUUUAUUGAUCUCCAGUUAUUUUUCUCCUUGGCCUCUCUGGGGACUCACCUCCUUCGACUUUGAGGUGCUUUUUCUAAGUCUUGAAUAUAUUUGGUAACUCUGCAAAUAUGAAUUCUUGAGAGAAGCAGAUAAGUUCAGGGUCACUGGACAAAGUUUGUUUUCAACCCCAAAGUCCAAGUGUGUUUCCUCAAUUCACAUAUAUGUUUUGUAAUGGGAAAAAUUAGAAAAUGCAAAAAAGCAGGAAUAAGGAGAAAUAGUCAUCCACAAUUCCCUCACUCAGAACUCGUGUUAGCAGUCUUACACAUUUCCUUUGAAUCAUUUUUCUGACCAUUUGAUAGUUGAAGGCAUCCUUAUGUACUUCUUUUGUUAACUCAACAAUAUAUAAAAUUUUCUCCUAUAUCUCAAGGUCUUCAUAAACCUAUUUUUAAUGCCUGAAUAAUACAUUAUGAGAAUACAAAAUACUUUUCUUCACCAUUUCCCUAUUGUUGACCAUUUAGGUUGGUUCCUCUUAUUUUGUUCCUAAAAAAUUUUCCCCUGUACUGUAGAUGAUUUCCUUAGGACAGAUCCCCAGGCAUGGAAUUACUGGGUCAAAGAUAUCGAAUUUUUUAAGGAUCUUGGAUAUUUCGCUGCCGAGUUGCUUUCCUAAAGGUCUGUGCUAAUUACGUGCACCUCUGUCCCGCAUCCUUCCGCAGCAAGCCACGCACUGAUUCUUGCCUGGUAGUGACCUUCUUGAUGGAGCAGAUUUCUCUGUGUUCCACCCCCCACCCCCACCCCACUGCAUUUCUGCUCAUACAUGACCAUUUUGUGUAUCCAGAGUUACUGAAAUGGAAGUCUGUGCUCCAAGAACAGGUAUUGUUCACUGGUUGUGUAAGUGUAAAUGUUAAUAAUAGAGGAUAAAUUUAAAAAAUGAAAAAAAUUUAAUGAAGUGACUGUUGGGUGUGGUCUUUGUUCUCAUGCUGAGCAUCUUCUCUUCUCUCCUUUUUGAGUGCUAGGGGUUCUUAAUGAAGGUUGACAUGUUUUGAAAAUUUCUGUGGAGGUGAUUCUUUAAAGUAUUUACAUUAAAUGUUAACGCAUGUAUAUGAACUGGUAUCUUACCCAGAAGCCAUCAGAGGAACAGAUUGCAUUGUGAGCUUGCUUCAGAUAUGUUGAUGUGCAGGGUUUUCCAGAAUUGUCACUAUUAAUUGACAUGGAGUAUCCACCACACACCUGUUCUGUGACUUGAGGUCCCCAGUUAUCCCCUAAGAGGUGGUCAACCUCUUUGUUUCAUAAUCUGCCCUCUCCCUAAAUGACAAGGACAAUGAUCCCUGGCACCCAAUACUCUGGAACUUCAUUAAAAUGGCACGAUCUGUCUCUGGUAGAGAAUGCAAUGGAAAGAGCAUGGGAUGUGGAGUUAGAGGACCUGGGCUUGAGUCUCAAUGACAACACCUCAUUGUCAACGUCUGUGAAAUGGGUGAAGUAGUAUUUUCCUUCCUGUAUUGUUGAGAAGUAGCUGAGAUAAAUUUUGAAAUUUCCUUACACUUAUGUUGGGAAAAUAUCACUAUUGUACUUAGAACUGCUAUAUUUUCAAAGCCAUAUUAGACAUAAGCGACCCCAUUUAACCUUCCCCCAUGUCUCUGAAGUGCAAGUUGAGUCUGUUACCCAUUUCACAAAUGCAGUAACCAAAGCAGAGAAGAUUUACAUACACCUGUCCAAGCUCACACAGGUAGCUGGGGCAAAGCCAGGAUUUAAACUCAGAUAUUUCAGACUCUAAAGUCCGUGUCUUUUUCCAUUGUAUUGUAUAUAUAUUUUUUCAUUUCAAUUCAGGUCCUGUAAGUAAAUAACUUAACUAAAGAUGAUCAACACUUUGUUGGAUGAAUUUACUGUAAAAUAGAUAAGACUUAGGAAAGUAAGUUAGGUGGGAUAUUUUGCUCAACUGUUUGCAUUAUGUCCUUAGUAAUGUUCUACUUACAUACAGAUAUUGGGAGCUGUAGAUAACCUGGUUUUAUAAAGCUGAAAGUUAAAUGAAAGUUAUCUAUCCAUGGGAUUCUCCUUUUAGUUACAAACUCACCACUUUAAGCCCCCAAAUAUCUGUCCUUUACAUUAAAAAAAAUUGCUGUUAAUGGAAAACUUUGUUUUCUUCUGACUAGGAGAAAAAGAAUUUCAGGGCUAUCAGCUAAGGUGGGGAUUUUGUGUCUCCUCCCACACCCCUCUUCUCUAUAUUGCACAGAAUUGCUCAAGCCUCUGAAAUGUAGUACCUCUUGAAAAUGCUGGUGUUCCUGUAGCCUCUGCCCAUCCCUGAUUCAAAACGUGAUUCAUCUGUCACUCAGAGCGUUGCUGAAGUACUCUCGAAUCAGUGGUCAUGCAAACACUUUGAACCAUUGGGGUCUCUCCUCCAAGUAAGUGUGGGUGGGAAAGGGGUAAUGGCAAAGAGAAAUCAAGCUCUUCUCCCCUACCCUUUUCUGCAGCUGCUGGGGAUCAGAAAUUCCAUAGCCAAAGGGCCAUCUCUCAGUGGCCAUGCUGCCAAGCGCCCAGAUGCAUACAGUGUUCACGGAGGUGGGCCACCCCUGAGCAGUGCAGCUUCCUUUAUUCAGGCGAGAAGGCUGAGCCCAGUCUUGAAAAAGGGAACUACCUAAAGCACACAGCUGGCUAAGUGGCCCCCAUGGGAUUGCAGGCCUUUUCCAUGCUUCCCUUUGUGUUCCCCACCCCAGAGAUGAGUGAAGCCCUGCAGAGAAAUGCAACAAGCCCCAGAUCUGUUCCCUCCUGUGCAGCCAGGGCUCCCCAACCCGCACACCUACCCUCCUUCCUCUUCACCCCACCUGCCUGCAUUGGAGUCUCUCCCUGAGACCCAGCCUAUCUCCAGAGGGGUCCUGCUAAGAUGUCCAGGGAGAAGUAACCUGUCGUUAGACUGGAAACCCUCAAUAAAGUACAGCCCAGAAGGGGAUGCAUCCUGAGAGGUUUCCAAGCAUAUCAUGGGCCAGCGUUUCUUCCUUCACCUUAAUGUGCAAGCUGCCUAGAGAGCUUCUUUAAGGUGGACAGUUCCACUCAGGGAAUUCUGAUUCGGAGUCUGAUGUGUGUGUAUCCCAACAAGCAUGUGGGGAGCCCCCCGCCCCCCCCGCAAACACAGGCACACCCAAAUGCCUGCAUUGUGCAGUCAGAGCACUUCCUUGGGGAGGCUG